GCUAUGGAUACACGAGAAGGCGAAGAUGUCACAUUAAAAUGCCGAUUCCACCUCCAACCAUUAUCAAAUCUCACAUAUUUCUGGUUGAGGAACAAUAAACAAAACCACGACAGCGUGGCGAUUAAUGAUGUGCCAUUGGAUAAAAAUUACAAAUUGGAUUAUCGUCCAGAGCAAGGACGUUACGAUCUUUUGAUCAAAAAUGCUUCAUACGAUCGCGACAAUGGUCGAUUCGAAUGUCGAGUGAAAGCCGGAGGUUCUGGUGAUAAUUUACACGAACAAAGCAUGGCUCUCACAGUUUUGGCACCACCUAGGCAACCAUCAGUGUCACCAGGAAAUAGGGCUGUUGCCACAGAAGGAAGACCUUUGGAACUGACUUGUAGCAGCACUGGAGGAUCACCGGAUCCCGUCAUAAGGUGGUAUCGUGAUGACUCUCAACAUCCGUUAGAAGCUUCUCUGAAAUACGGUGGUUCAAGAGAUCAGCCAACUUCGUCGACUUUGCGCAUAACUCCGGCUAAGGAGGAUGAUGGAGCAGUUUUCCGAUGCUCGGCUUGGAAUAGAGCUAUGCCUGCAGGUGCUAGAUUGGAAGCUGCAGUAUCUCUAAGCGUAAACUAUUUUCCAAGAGUAUCAGUAGGACCUGCGAAUCCAUUAAGCGUGGAACGUGACAGCACAGCUACUCUUGUAUGUUCAGUCGAAGCUAAACCAGAAGUCACUAGUGUAAAAUGGAUGAGGGACGAUGUUGUAAUAAGCACUGCUUUCAAGCAUACCAUCCACAGAGUUUCCGAAACCGAUGCUGGCCGUUACACCUGCACAGCUGAUAAUAUGCUAGGCCGUGCCGAUUCUAAAGAAAUUAUGCUCGAUGUUCUGUACCCGCCAAUUGUGGUCAUCGAAUCGAAAACUCGGGAAACUGAAGAAGGCGAGAUGGUCAACAUUCGUUGUAAUGUCACAUCUAACCCGGCUCCGAUUUCUAUCGAAUGGGUUAAAGAAAACAAACCAGAUUUCAGGCAAAGUGGAGAAAUUUUGAGAUUAGCUCGUGUGGAUGCCGAUUCUGCCGGCACUUACUGGUGUCGCGCAACUAACAUCUUGAUUAACAACAACCGCCAAAAAUCGGAACGUGUUGGAAACUCUUCCAUUGCUCUUUUAGUACGCCAUAGACCUGGUAGAGCAAAGAUCAACCCCAGCAAACCAGUAGCUCAGGAAGGUUCCGGUGUAACUUUACGUUGUACAGCGUCACCUCCGGGAUGGCCCGCACCACAAUUCAGAUGGUUCAGAGACGGUGAUAGUGAUUCAGUCUCUGGAACAGUUUUGGCAACCGGUUCUAUGUAUACAAUUCCCAGUGCUCAUUUAGGUAGCGAAGGCACAUAUCACUCAAGCAUUAACGAACUUGGUCAAGGAGAUAUGGCUAGCAUAAAUUUAGAAGUAUACCAACCUCCAAGAUUUUUGUCAAAAUUACAACCACAUAUGACACGAAGAGUUGGAGAUACAGAUUUUUCAGUAACAUGCAGUGCACAUGGAAAACCAAAACCUUUGGUACAUUGGUUAAAAGACGGCCAAGAAAUCACACCCGAUGUAAAUUUAUUCGAAGUCAAGUCAGAUACGUCAUCCAACCACAAUGCCGUAGUAACAGUUAUUAGCACAUUGCGAUUCCAAGGAAGAGCUAGACCAGAAGAUAAUCAAUUGUUGCCAGGUGAUCGAGGUGUCUAUAGCUGUGUGUAUGAAAAUGAAGUAAGACGAGCUGAAUCAACUAUGCAUUUACGAAUAGAACAUGCACCAAUUGUUUUACAUCAAUAUGAUAAAGUAGCCUAUGAAACGCGUGAAACUGCAGAAGUUGUUUGCAAGAUACAAGCUUAUCCUAAGCCCGAGUUUCAUUGGUCUUUCGGAUCGAGUUCAGCUGAUAUAACCUCCGAUAAGCAUUAUGAAAUAUCAACGAGUACUGAUAAUAAUGAUGUAUACACUAGUGUUCUGAAAAUCGAUCAUAUCAGACACAACGAUUAUGGCGAGUAUAAUUGUCGAGUCGUCAAUAGUCUUGGAAACAUCAAGACCCCAAUUAGACUUCAACCCAAAGGACCACCAGAGAAGCCCAAGAAUUUGCAAGCGGUUGAAGUUGGUCCCGAUUAUGUAUCUCUAUUCUGGGAUCCAGGAUUUGACGGCGGAUUAUCAAACACGAAAUUCUUUGUAUCAUAUAGAAAAGUAGCAGUUGCUAAAGAAGAUAUUGUGCCUGGAGACUGCGCGAUUGUAGCAGUGAGAAAUUCAGAUUGGUUGGAAUUCGAUUGUCAAAGAAACAUGCCAUGCAAUAUAUCUUCAUUGGAUCAACAUCAAAACUACGUAUUUAAGGUAAAAGCUUUGAACACUAAAGGAAACAGUGACUAUUCCAAUGAGAUUGCUACCACAACGAAGGUAGAUCGCAUUCCGGCACCCCAGCAAGUAACAUUUGAUCCUAGCACAAAGACCUUAUCCGUUAGAGUAGGAGCAACAUGCCUAUCUUUGAUCGGAAUAGUUGAAUCUGUUGUAAAUAGUGCCACAUCGCCACUCAACAUGUGGCAAAUUGUUGAAUCUAUUCCCAUGCAAGUAUCGGGCAACGGACCAACUUACAAAAACGCUAUCAUCGAACAUUUGAAUGUGCAACAACGGCCGAAGAGUACAGGACGAACAUUAUCUGAUGAGGGUGUUUAUAUGGCGGUUGAGGAAGAUUUGGGGCCAAGGAUUAGGAUGAAAUUAUGUUUGAGAGCUAAUCAUGAGCAUUGUGGAGAUUACACGAAUGCAGAAAUCGGACCAUCCUACAUCAAAGAAGCCUCUGCCUUGGCAACGCCAACACUCAUCGCAAUUAUUGUCUCGUGUAUAGUGUUUAUUCUUUUUGUUGGUUUGUUGCUAAUGUUCUGCCGUUGCAAGCGAAAGAAUCAGAGCAAAAAAGCUAGCGCUAAAGAUUACGAAAUGGAUUCAGUUAGGCCUUCGAUCGUAGCUCAACAAAACCAGGCUCCGCCACCAUAUUACCCGGCCACCGGGUUGGAGAACAAGGCGUUGGAACAUUCUAUGGACCUCGCGAUGGCCAUGGAAGAUCCAAAGAAUUCAGUUUACGCUACACAGAAUGGUUACGGUUAUCACCCGAACCCUAAUUUCUCAGGGGUCAACAUGGGGUACAUGGACAACAGUUAUUCCAAUUCCAACAACGGCGGCAGUGUCAAUUCGCAGGAUUCUUUGUGGCAGAUGAAAAUGGCAGCAGCUGCCAAUAAUGGUGUUAACGCAGUCGGAAAUAACAUGCUUCCAGUCCAUCACAAUAAUAUGACGGUCGACAGGCAGAAUUCAUAUGGCGGUUACGAUCCUUUGGCUCAUGGCGGUUACGGAACCGCUGAUGAUUACGCACAUUAUCCUCAAAGCAAUCAUGGAGGUAUUAAUAAUGGAGUUGAUGACUACCAUAUGAGGGCUAGCCAAAAUCCGUCCAGGCAGGAAUACGUCAGCGAUCCCUAUGCAGCUGUGCAUAAGCCGAAAAAGCGAAUGGAACAACAUAUGGAUUCCCCUUACCAUGAUGUGAGUGGUCUCCCAGACCCCUACAUGGAUCAGCCGAUGGAACAGCCAAUGGACCAACCGAUGGAGCCGAUCGAGCAAAAGCCGCCCCAGCACAUGUCCCUGAGUUACGACGAGAGCCUCGAGAGCGGAUAUUCCACACCAAAUUCAAGGAACCGUCGAGUGAUUCGUGAAAUAAUUGUCUGAGUGGACGUUAAUCCGACUAACGGACAUGAUACCCUUAAAAGACCUUACAAGACUUCUGUCAGUUGAGACCAAAAGUUUAACGAAAACAUGUCUCCUAUAUAAAUUACUUAACCAAAGUGUUCAAGUACUUAGUAGGAUAUAUCUUUUUAUAACAAUUGACAAAAGGUGGUUUUUUGAAAUUUACUAAAUACGAAUCUAAAGCCUAUAAUGCGUCUGUUAUAAUUAAUUUUAGCGGAACAGAAGACUGCCACAAAAAUAUCAAUGACCUAAUUAAAUUUUAAAGGUAUUAAAAAUUAUUAUGCCUAUAAAU